AUGAGCAGCCGCCCCACGGGAGGAGCCGGCUCGGGCGUGUGCUUCGGCCCGCGGGAGCCCGACAAGCCCUUCGCCGACUCGGAGCGGGCACAGAAAUGGCGCCUGUCGCUGGCCUCGCUGCUCUUCUUCACCGUGCUGCUCUCCGACCACCUGUGGCUCUGCGUUGAGGCCAGGCAGGUCGCCGCCGGGCGCCAUCGGGACCAGGCACGCGCGGAGCCAGGCAUGGGGGGCGGCGAGCGGGCGGCGGGGGCCCCUGGCCGCCGCCGCAGCGGCAGCCCUGCGGCGCCGGGCGCCGGCCAGUGCUUCAGCCUGCCGGGGGACGCCGAGGCUGCCUGCCGCCGCCUGCAGCCCGGCGGCUCGGCGCAGGCGGAGCUCUACCUUCCCUUUUGUAAUUCCUACACGCUGCGCGAGCUCUUCGCCGGGCUCUCCCGCCCGGACACCCUGAACUGCACUCUGGACCGAGGCGGCGGGGGCGCCGGGGACGCGGCCCGGCUCGGCAGGGAGGCGGAGUGGCUUCGCUCUUGCCGCCGCUGCGUUCUGGCUUACCAGCGGUACGACCAGGAAGCGCAGGACCGCUACCGAGAGUUUGAGCUUGUGCUCCAGAAAUACCUGCAAGCGGAGGAGUACUCGGUGAAAUCCGGCCCGGAGGACUGUAAGACUGUCUACAAAGCCUGGCUCUGUUCCCAGUAUUUUGAAGUCACACAGUCUCACUGCAACAACACAAUUCCUUGCAAGCAAUACUGUUUGGAGGUUCAGACAAGGUGUCCAUUUAUAUUACCAGACAAUGAUGAUGUCAUCUAUGGAGGAUUAUCCAGUUUCAUCUGUACAGGGCUCUAUGACAACUAUCCAACCAAUGCAGAACCAGAAUGCUGUGAUGUCAGAUGGGGACUAUUAUCAGAUAACCAAUCCAAAGGGACUAUAAAAACAAGUGACUCCAUGAUGUGUCACCGGACAUCACUCACAGUUUCAUCAGCAUCAAGACUGUGUAACAGCAGACUGAAACUGUGUGUUCUCGUAUUAAUUCUCUUACAUACAGUACUCACGGUCUCAGCAGCACAGAACUCAACAGAACUGGGCUUUGGAGGCAUCACAAAUUUGGAAGAUAACUCAACCAAUGAGGAAUAA